AUGGACGGAACCAAGAGCAGCUGGAUUCUUGAGGAGAGCAAGUUCGAGGCCUUGAACAGCUUCAUGGCCUCCAGUGGCUUCAUCUUCGAGCGCUACGAGGUCUCGCUGGCAGCCCUGGCACGGGAGGGGACGAGCUUCCACCAUGCUGGCGAGCAGAACGGCAUCACCUUGACGCUGACGGUUCAGAUUGAACACGCCGGGCUCGCACUCUCGGACCACACCACGACUGUGCUGUGUGGCGUCACGCGACAGCCAGGGACAGGGGCAACGAUGGUUUGGACGAUUUACCACGGCUUGUCUGCCCUGUGA